GUCCUCAAAGGCAGCCUGCUGCGUACCCAUGAAGGAUGGCCUCUUGCUGAUCCGGCAGAAGUUCUACCCGUCACCGGAGCAGCAACUGUUGGCGGGAGAGAUGGCGACGGCAAACAAAGGCACCAAGCCCAAGGUGGGGGGUGUCCGCUUUGCCCCAAACCAGACGGUGGAGGGCCCUUCCAGCCAUGUCCACUUCGACGAGAAGCUCCACGAUUCGGUGGUCAUGGUCACCCAAGAGACAGAUGGGAACUUCCUGGUGAAGGUUGGCUUCCUGAAGAUCCUGCACAAGUACGAAAUCACGUUCCUCCUGCCUUUCGUGCAGCAUCUGGGGAGUGAUGUCUCUGCCACGCCCUUGCCGAACCCGAACCUUCGAGUGAUCGAAAUCACGCCAGCAUCCGAAGGUUACAACCUCAAGUGCGAGUACACGGCCCACCGAGAAGGGGUCCUGCGGGAGGAGCUGGAGCUCUGCAGCGUGGCCAACAACAGUGCCUCCGUCAGGGUGGUGGUGCAGGCCAGGGUGAUGGAUCGCCACCACGGCACGCCGAUGCUACUGGAAGGCGUAAAGUGCAUCGGGGCGGAGCUGGAGUACGACUCGGAGCAAAGCGAAUGGCGCGGCUUCGACUAGGCUGGAUCUCCGCCCUGCCCUUGCAAAGCCCGGUCGACUUUCUAGGGUUUUCUAUACAUAUCUACAUCUAUAUUUUCCAGUUCAGCUUGAAGUUUAAAAAUAUAUAUAAGCCCCGCCUCAGCUGUUUACGGGCUGCCAAUC